CUGGGUCUCCUCACAGCCCCUGUGUGCUGGGAAUAUGGCUACAGAUUGGCUUGGGAGCAUUGUGUCCAUCAACUGUGGGGAAAGCUUGGGAGUCUACCAAGGCAGAGUGUCUGCUGUGGACCAGGUCAGCCAGACCAUUUCCCUGACACGUCCCUUCCACAAUGGGGUCAAGUGCCUGGUGCCAGAAGUCACCUUCAGGGCAGGUGACAUUACUGAGCUGAAAAUUCUGGAGAUCCCAGGGCCAGGGGACAGCAGACAAUGUGGGGACCUGCAACAGAUGGAAAUGGGCAUCCCUGGGGUUGGCUGCCAAGUGGGUCCCAGUCAGAAUGGCACUGGGAAGGUGUUGAAGAAGCCCAUCUCCAGCAGUGCCCCACAGAACAUCCCAAGGAGGACAGACAUGAAGAAUCAGGACAUCAUCAUCUCUCCACAGCAGCAGUGCUCCAAGAGCUACAUGGAUAGACACGUGGAGACCUUGACUCAAUCCAAGGGCUUCCGGCGGAGGCACAAUUCCUGGUCAUCCAGUAGCCGUCACCCCAACCAGGUCACCCCGAAGAAGAGCGGCCUGAAGAACGGGCAGAUGAAGAGCAAAGACGACGAGUGCUUCGGGGAUGACAUUGAUGAAAUCCCAGACACAGAUUUUGACUUCGAAGGGAACCUGGCUCUUUUUGACAAAGCAGCUGUGUUUGAGGAGAUUGAAACUUAUGAGAGGAAGAGUGGCACCCGUUCCCGGGGAACCCCAAACGAGAAACCAGCCCGAUACCGGCACGACGAGAACAUCCUGGAGUCGGAGCCCAUCGUCUACAGAAGGAUUGUUGUGCCCCAGAAUCCUAACAAAGAAUUCUGCACGGACUCGGGGCUGGUGGUUCCCAGCGUGUCCUACGAGCUGCACAAAAAGCUGCUCUCGGUGGCAGAGAAGCACGGGCUGACUCUGGAGAGGAGGCUGGAGAUGACAGGAGUGUGUGCCAGCCAGAUGGCCCUCAGCCUCCUGGGGGGGCCCAACAGGCUGAACCCCAAGAAUGUGCACCAGAGGCCCACGGUGGCCCUGCUGUGUGGCCCCCACGUGAAGGGGGCCCAGGGGAUCAGCUGUGGGCGCCACCUCUCCAACCACGAUGUCCAUGUCAUCCUUUUCCUCCCCAACUUUGUCAAGAUGCUGGAAUCCAUCACCAACGAGCUGAACCUUUUCAGCAAGACACAAGGCCAGCAGGUUUCCAGCGUCAAAGAUCUCCCAGAUACCCCCGUUGACCUGGUGAUCAACUGCCUGGAUUGUCAUGAAAAUGCCUUUUUGAGGGAUCAGCCUUGGUACAAAGCAGUUGUGGACUGGGCCAACCAGAACAGGGCACCCGUCCUCAGCAUCGACCCUCCCAUCAACGAGCUGGAACAGGGCAUUGAUGCCAAGUGGUCCCUGGCCCUGGGUCUGCCCCUGCCCCUGGGUGAGAGGGCAGGACGUGUGUACCUCUGUGACAUUGGCAUUCCCCAGAAGGUCUUUCAGGAAGUGGGAAUAAACUACCACUCACCCUUUGGCUGCAAAUUUGUCAUUCCCCUGCAUUCCACUUAGAGCCUGUCCAGCCACAAGGCUCUGUAGGGAUGAAGAAGAGGAGGAGGAGGUCAAAUAAGCUGUCCAGUGGAUCUUGACUUAGUAAACUCGCCUUAAGGAUGUGAAGUUCUGAGGAGUUUUCCUUCCAGAAGAAUCAUU